UCUUAUCACCUCCUUCACCGUCACUUCGUGUUCUUCUACUUUUGAUCGCACUGUUAUUCUUCCCCUUCUCCUCCUCCUCUUACGACUCAUCAUUCUCAUCCACUUCGGUAAUCCAGUUGUUUUUUGCGAUAAACUCGUGUAUGUAUAUAAGUUGCCACACCCGGCAUUAUUGUGAUCAGUCUCCUUCUAGUUAUCAUUUGGAAAACAGUUUUGUUUCACACAUCGAGCUGAGAUAUGGCUCGUCACCAGUUUAUUCUUAUUGUGGCAGUCGCACUGAUAUGUACAGUUAUGGCCGCCCCCGAGCCUGAACCUUUGCCUUACGGUGGAGGCGGUGGCCACGACCACGGACAUGGGGGCGGUAGCCAUGGGGGCGGUAGCCAUGGAGGCGGUAGCCAUGGAGGCGGUAGUCAUGGAAGCCACGGAGGUGAUUUCGGAGGCGGUAGUCAUGGAAGCCACGGAGGAUACGGAGGCAGUCAAGGCGGUCACGGAGGCCACGGAAGUCAAGGAGGCGGUUUCGGAGGCAGCCAUGGAAGUCAUGGAGGUGGUCACGGAAGUCAUGGAGGCAGUCACGGAAGUCACGGAGGUAGUCACGGAAGUCAUGGAGGUUUCGGAGGUAGUCACGGAGGAUACCAAAAGCAUGGCUACUAGACAAAAUUAGCCUAGGCCUACUCAUAAUUAUCAGAAUCACCAUCGACCAAUCAUUUACAAAACAAAAACAAAUCAACUCAUUACAAGACUUUAUAAGUUGUACUACUCAUACGUUGAGUGAACUGAACCGUAGACAUAGACACACUUUUGUAAAUUAAAGAUGUUUUUUAUUUCAAUGUAA